AUGGCCUCGCCCGUAACAUACAACGCGCCCAGCGUGGGCAGCGAACCCUUCAACAGCCAAAUGGAGGAGGCUGACCGAUACUUCACGAGACGUCGGCAGCAGUUUGAAGCUGCAGUAGCCGCGCGAAAGUCAGAAGGCGGCGUCCGCCUGCGUCCUCUGAGAAGCAGAAAUCGCGCCGGUCCAGUAUUGAGUUUUGAAGCCUGCGUAAUACAAAUUAGACCCACGAACAUCUCGUGCUUGCAGGCAGAAGACGAAAUCGCCAAUUUAACGGCGCACGAAGUUGACGAGCUGCGGGCAGUCAUUGCAGCUCAAGCGCGGCGCAUCGAGUGCUUGCAGGUUCAGCUGCAGAGGCAGCACCAGCAGCUCCAACAGCAAGAAGCAGAGCUACAGCAGCAGAGGGCUAAUGCUAUUGAAGCCUCUUCCGUGAUAGAAGAGCAGCAAAAGCAACUCCGUGAACUAAGAGCUCAAGCAGCAGCAGCUGCUGCUGCACACGACAAACAGCAAAAUCUACUGUUGCAACGAGCAGCUCGCACGGAACAGCUGGAAGAACAGCUGGGACAAUCCCUUGCAAGGAGUAAGGAGGUCGUUGCCCUGAGGCAGAAAGACGUUGAGCAGCUGCAGCAGCUGCGGCGGCAGCAAAACAGUCUGGCGCGGCACAUCCGAGCAGAAAAGUCGAUGGAGAAUGCAGCAAAGGAGGCCGUCGUUGCUGCGCGGCAUGCAGCAGAGCUGCGAAAGGUCACGACCCAGCGAGAUGCCUUGGCAGUAGCAAUCAAGAAGCAGUUUAAGUUAAUAGAGGUUCUUAAACAGCAGAAGGCUCAUCUAGAGGCGGCUCGUUGGCUUCAAUUCACAGAGGAAGAGUUUCUCAAAGUUGUCGAUGCAGAGGGGGCCUUAGCGCAAGCGCGUGCGGAACAGCAGCAUCAACAGCACCCACAACAAGAGUUAGAGUAA